AACCAAUAGCGGGGGGAGGGCGUUAGCGCGAGCCAAUGGGUCCGGGCGGGCUGUGAGCGGAGCUGAGCGCGAGGCUGCGGGGAAGGGAUGGCCCGUGGCGGCGCGAGGCGGCACCGCGGGACUGGUGCACCACGCGCUGGCUGCCGGGGGGCGAUGAGAACUCGCGAUUUCCUCCCCCGCCCCGCUGGCAGCUGCCGCCUCCCCGUCUCCCAGGGCUGCUGAGGCUCGGGCACGGCGCCUGCCUGUCAGAGGGGCUCGCGCUGCCCUCGCGUUCUGCCGGGGCUCGGCCGCGGCUGCCUGGCCCACGAGCCUGCCCGGGAGGCUGAGCACAGCCCUUGCCGCGCGAAGGGGGCCGGCGCUGCCCGGGCGUUAGCCGCUGCUCACUCCCCCGCCGGCUGCUUGCUGCAUGCUCACCCCGCUCCAGUGAGAGCCGCGGCGGGGCGGCUUCUCUCCCCUCCCUCCUUCCCCGCUGACUGGAGGUGGGAGGGAGAGAAGAGACCCAGAGAGGAAGGAGCCGGGUGUGCGGAGCGGAGCCAUGCGAGAAUACAAAGUGGUGGUGCUGGGCUCGGGCGGGGUGGGCAAAUCCGCCCUCACCGUGCAGUUCGUGACCGGCUCCUUCAUCGAGAAGUAUGACCCCACCAUCGAGGAUUUCUACCGCAAGGAGAUCGAGGUGGAUUCCUCCCCCUCGGUGCUGGAGAUCUUGGACACCGCCGGCACCGAGCAGUUCGCCUCCAUGCGGGACCUCUACAUCAAGAACGGGCAAGGUUUCAUCCUGGUCUACAGCCUGGUCAACCAGCAGAGCUUCCAGGACAUCAAGCCCAUGCGGGAUCAGAUCAUCCGGGUGAAGAGGUACGAGAAGGUGCCCAUGAUCCUGGUGGGCAACAAGGUGGACCUGGAGGGCGAGAGGGAGGUCUCGUAUGGGGAAGGCAAAGCUCUGGCCGAGGAGUGGAGCUGCCCCUUCAUGGAAACUUCAGCCAAAAACAAAGCUUCAGUGGACGAACUGUUUGCAGAGAUUGUCAGGCAGAUGAACUACGCUUCCCAGCCCAACGGGGACGAUCAGUGCUGCUCGUCCUGCGUGAUCCUCUGAAAGGGCGUGGGGGGCAAUGUUGUCGUUCGCGAAGGUUUACAACAAAAAGAAGCAGCAAUGUGAUCGCUCGAAACAAAGAUUGGAAACAACUUUGCAUACACAAGGAUUCCAGGCUGCAGCAGCAGCUGCUGCAGUGAUCAGUGUCAUGGGGUGGGUGUAUUGUUGGAAACGUGGCUUUUUCAGCAUGUACAUUUCAUCGAUUUUGAUUGUUGCAUAUUUCCCGUAAGUACCAUUUACAGAUUGCUGUAUUGGCAACUGACACCAGUAAGAAAAGUUUCGGCCUGGAGAAAGGGGAGCUUGUGAGCAAUCGUUUUCUAACUGGAAGAGUUAAAUUACACUUAAGGAACUGAGGGGAGCAGUAAACGAAGAAACCAUUGCAGAGAGGGGGGAGAGAAAUCUUUCCGUGGACGUGUGGGGGUAAAACUAAGAUUAGUGCUCUCUCUUCUUUAGCCAACCUUGAAUGCACCCUGUGACUAUGAUAUUGAUUCUGAGGAUUUCUAUGCAAAGUUGGAUUAUUGUUACAGUGUAUCCAAUCUGAAGUAUUGCACAUCUGAACUGGGACUUUUAAUAACACUGAUGCCAAUACAGUGUGGGGUGCCAGAACGUGUCUGCUGAUCAUUUGUGAAACUUUCUAUUUUGUUUACCUGCUGUAUCGGAUGGGAGUUUGGGGGAGAGCGGUAGUAUUUUUUUUUUUUUUAAAUCAGCUGUGAAAAUGUUACAAAUCUGCACAAUAUUUUUUUAGUUGUGUUUUCUUCUUUUCUUCGGGGGGAGGGAGGUUUGUGGUGGUGGUUUGUUUUCCUUAUUUUUGGGUUGGCAAUAACUGAUUUUGAUUAGCUCUCUAAAGUACAAAGACUUCCUAAAAUGUGAUACAGGGCCAACAGCAACCCUGUGUCUGUAGAGUGCCUUCAAAACUCAGCUGUUCCAGCCGGUGCCAACCUGUGAAAGCUCCACAGAAUCCCAUUAUCUACUACUCCAGAAACUACUUAACAGCUUCCUUUCAGUAAUCACACUGAACAAGCCAGGACAAAAAGGCCUAUUGUUUAGUGGAAUUUAUUUCUUAUUUCCAUUUGAGCCUUUUAAAUGUCAUUUCCAUGUCUUGCAAAUUUGGACUGCAUUUAAUUCAAAUUUACAGGCAUUUAGUUUUUUGGGAGGAUUUCUUUUGUUUUGGUUCUAUGAUGUAGGAUGUACCUCCAGCCAGCAAAGAGAAAAAUCUUAAUGUUGUGAUGUACCAAGAAAAUUCUAACAACUGUAACAUUAAUUCCAGACAUGCGUUUAAUGUCUAUCCGUUUUAAGAAUUUUAAUACAAAUGUUUUGUUUUUUUAAAAAAAGAACAGCAAAACUGUGGUUUUUUUAUUUUAAUGUAUUGUAAGGAGAACUGACUUUAAUAUGCAAUCAUGGCAGACAUAUGCUUUUUAAUCAUGAUAUUUGUCUAACCAAAAUAACAGUAUGUUAAGAAUGGGGGAAGGUAACCUAAAAUCAUGAGGCUAGGGAACGUUUCUAUUGUAUCUACUGGUAAUGUUGGAAACAGUUGAAUAAUUAUAUUUAGGCCCUGAUGCUACAUGAUGCUGUACGUGGGCAGAAUCCUACACUUAUAUAAAUGCUUGUUGAAGUCAUUUGGGCUCUAUGCAGAACAGCUUGCAGGAUUAGGAUCUUAUUUUGUAAUUUUAAUAA